UUUGCUUUGUUGGUCCUGCGUCAGUGAUCGCGAUGGGAUACUGUAGUGUGGUGGUGAGCGUGCUGGCGCUGUCGGCGCUGGCGACGGCUGAGCCGUCAAUCAGAGACAAUUCCUUGGACGGUGGGGAGCGAGUACUGCUCGUGUCACCAGUCUUGGCCCCUCCUAGGGACUCCAGGACACAUGACACGACGAGGUCAAGGCAGUUCCCGAUACUAGUGCUCCUUGCCCAGGCGAACCCAUCGUACGGUCGUCUGGAGCCCGAGGCCAAGUCCUUAAAAGGCAACCCGCAGCCAAUUUACGUGAAGAAACUGGAAGACCAGGAUAAACCUGAAAACCUGAACAGACAAAAGCGGCAUCUACUGAAGAAGAAAUUAUUAGGUCUGGGUCUGGGAGAAGGUGGACUGUCAUUCGGUGGCGGCUUCUCAAUCGGCGGAGGAGGCAUCGGCUUUGGCGAUGGUUACGGCGGCGGUGGUGGCUACGGCGGAGGCGGUGGCUACGGCGGAGGCGGUGGCUAUGGCGGAGGCGGUGGCUAUGGCGGAGGCGGUGGCUAUGGCGGAGGCGGUGGCUAUGGCGGAGGCUAUGGCGGAGGCGGUGGCUACGGCGGUGGCUUUGGCGGAGGCCAUGGUGGCGGUUACGAAGAACCACCCGAAAAAAUUGUAGUCGUUAAAGUGGUUAAAGAUCGUGGUCACGGUCACCAUCACCACGGCGGUUACGAUGGUGGAUACGGUGGUAAUGGAGGUGGCUACGGAGGCGGAUACGGCGGCGGCGGUGGUUACGGUGGAGGCGGCGGCUACGGCGGCGGCGGUGGCUACGGCGGUGGCGGCGGCGGUGGCGGCGGCUACGGUGGUGGCGGCGGAUACGGUGGCGGCGGUGGCUACGGCGGCGGCGGUGGCCAUGGCGGCGGCCAAGGCGGCGGCUACCAACCUAACUACGGUCAUGGCGGCGGUGGUUGCGGAGGCGGAUGUGGUGGCAACGGAGGCUACAGUAGCGGCACUGCCACCGCUACCGCUACUGCCACUGCUACUGCUACCGCUCAUGCAGGCGGUUAUGGAAGAAAACGUUAACUUCGUCGUGCUCAGUGAAAUAACAGAGUGUUUCGAAGUGCAUUGAACAAGCUGUGAUCAUAGGUGACAGGACGAUUAUUACUCGCUAGACACCAAAUGGCUUUAAUUACUUGGUAUCCAUGUAAUUACAGAUAGAAACCGUAUUUCUAUUGUGAGUAGAUCUAUUUUCAAAUGUAUUCAGAUGUGGUUUUUAUGUCGUUUUAAAACUAUUUCUGUUUUAUUCAACUUUGAUACUUGUUACUUUUGAGAGUAGGUUUACUUUUGAAUGAUAGAACAAUAAUUUAAUUUGAAUCCUAAAUCCAAAAACAACUUUUCUAUACUAAAGAUGCAGAUAUUUUUUUUAUUUACAAAGAAUUGACUUGUUGGUAAAUGUAAUUAUUCAUAGGAGUAUUUGUAGAUAUUAUUUAAAAUAAAGGUACCCAAUUAGUUUCCCUACAAUAUCAGAUACUUCAGUAUUUAUAGUAUUCUGUCAAGUAAACGAUUUCCUAUCUAUUGUUACAUGAAUCCUUGUACUUUUUAUACCUAAGUAAUAAAAUAAUUGAAAUACAGACAUUUUUAUUA